AUGGCCCGCUCAGUCGUGUCUCGCGCCGUUGUGGUGCGCCAGCGAUACGUAUGGCCCGAUGCACAGCUCAACAUCUGGACGAUCGUGAUGCUCGCGACAGCGGGGACGAUACUGGGCGUGUUCGCGCAGUUCAUGCAGAUUCAGAACCAGAUGCGGUUGGGGACGCCUUGGCUAUUCCCCUACGGCGUCACCGUCGGCGCCCUCACAAUCGUCUUCAUCAUUGUCGAGCUCAUCCUAAUCGUGCAACGGAAACUGAUGCCUAACGUCAUGAUCUUGCUCUCCUUCGUGCUGCUCGUGCUCUUCAUCACCGGAAUCAUCGCCACGGCGAUACAGUUGUUUGGACCGGAUGCAAACAUCAACGGCCAAUGCCAGCAAUACGUCAACAACAACAGGCCCGUGGGGGCUAACAUUCAGACGCUGGCCUGGCUGCAGCAGAAGAACAUUUGUGAUUGUUGGAUGGCUGCUUUCGCCUUCUGGAUCAUUGGCGCCGUCUUUCUGAUAUGGAUGAUGAUAAUGGCCUCGCAGGUUAACCAGGACGCUUACGCCUAG